AUGAUGUGGUUGAUAGUUGCUACUUGGUAUUGGCAUUCGCACUUGCUGGACUGGACCACGUCGGAUCCCUGUGAUGUGUCCAAAGAGAGACAAAGUCCGCUCACCCCAACCCUACCCCCACCCCACCCAACCCCCACCUCUCCCAAACCCCAAAUUUCUGUAAUUUUAACUCUACAAUUUUAUUCCAACCAAGUAGCGUUUGUUUCGAUCCAAUUUUCCUCAUCACCAUCGGUCUUCUCUCACUGCUUUGUCUAUUUGUUAAUGUGA